GUGAAAUCCAUCGGAAUCCGGAUUGGAUUGGAUUGGAUUGCGGCGUCCAUUCCAUCUCCAUCCGCGGUCGCCAUCGCCAUCACGAUCCUCCUCCCAGCGCCAGCACUCGCCGUGCUUUGCCCACCCCACCCCGUCCCUAUCGUUCUCCCUCCUGCACUUCUGCGAGGUUGGCGUAGACAGGUAUAGAACAGGAGAAACAGAAACAGGCUUACAGCCCCAGCCACGAUUACCAAGAGAGGCGGAGAUCGCGCUUCUCAAGUUUUCUCGUUCUUUCUCUCUCUCGACGGAUUAUCUGCACUACUAAUUUCUCUUACCGUCUUGCGGUUCCAUUGGGAUUGGAACAGGAACCACAAGAUCAAGGAAAACUCCAGCAACAAAUUGGCAACAUAAAACGAACAAACGUUGAUUGACUGGAAUCUUGAAUAAAGGCUACCUUUGAUUUGAUUUGGUUUGAUCGGCGGCCGCCGCCGCCGAUCUUGGCACGGAUGGCGCCGCCGCCGCCGUCGCUGGACUACUGGCGGGGGUUCUUCAGCGGCGCGCGCGCCAGCAUCUUCGACGCCAUCGACGCCGCCAUCCGGGUCGCCGCCGCCGACCACCCCGACGGCCUCCUCGCGCGCCGGGACGCCAUCGCCGAGCGCCUCUACACCGCGCUCAUCGUCCUCCCGCCGGCCGAGGCGUCGGGGCUCCCCGCCCCCGGCCCGCCUCUGCAGCACCAGCUGCUCCCGGAGGGCGCCGGAAGCGUCCCCAGCAUCUGCAGCUCCGACCGCACCACCGCCGCCCCACGCAGCGACAGCGACGACCCCGUCGUUGCCGAGGCCUUCCGCGUCAAGGCUGCGCUCUCCAACGCCCAAGAAAAGUCGGAGGCCGAGUUGCUCGAGCUGCUCGCGAGGCUGCGGCGGUUGGAAUUCACGGUGGACGCCAUCAUGGCUACUGAGAUUGGAAUGGCCGUGAAACCUCUGCGAAAGCACAGCUCGAAACAGAUUCGGCAGCUCGUCCGAUCGCUCAUUGAAGGUUGGAAGGCUAUGGUUAACGAGUGGAUGAGCAAUGGAGGUUCCAUUGUAGAUCAUACACCACAGUCGAUGGAUGAUUCUUGCCUGGAUCAGGAAGGAGGAGGUCUGCCUUCCCCUCCCAUGGAUGAGGCUGCCCUUUUCGCAACACCAUGUACUUCCAUCCUGCUAUCUGAGUUCUUCGAUGAAAUGGAUGAUGAUGGAAACAUUAGAAAGGAUGCCAAAGAGGGUGGGCAGUGUUAUCCGGCAAACCAAGAGGCAGUCAAGAAGCAGCCUCCUAUGGGCCAAUCGUAUGAUCCGGAGCAGAAUUGGAGGCUAGACCAGUCUGCUACAAGGCAAUCACGACUGAAUGAGCCUAUCAUCUGGCAUACGAGGCAGUCCAUCACAGGGACACAAGAAAAGCCAUCGAGUGCGGCAUUUGGUCUGGGGAGACCUCAGAUGUUGCAUUUGGUGCCAAAAUGUCCCAAAACUGGAGCCAAGCAGCAGCAAGAUACCUCACUGGUCCAAAGAAGACCAAAACCAUCUAUGCCUAAUCAACCAUCAAUUCAGCAUGAUGAAAAUUCAGUCCGGGCAAAGCUGGAGCUUGCAAAGGAUGCCAAGCUCGAGGCUACAAAGCGUAAGCUUCAAGAAGGUUACCAAGAAUUCAAUAAUGCAAAGAAGCAGCGGACGAUACAAAUGGUGGAUCCACAAGACCUACCCAAGCAAGGCAACCGAAACACACAGCUCAAUGGCAGGCCAAGGAACAAUGACACCAUGAACAUCCGGAAUCGUCUGGGCAUCCGACGCUGAUUCCAUCACGAAUUUUAGGUUUCAAUGCUUUUCGCCACUGCUUGCUGCUUAUGCCCUGCAUAUAUACCGGUCGAAAUCUUUAGUCCAAUACCAUACAUAACAACAGUAAGGCUUCUUUCGAAGCCAUGCUUUUGUGAAAACAGUGUCACCGGAGAUGCAUUACUGUCGCACCCCUAGCCUUGGGUCAUAAGUGGCCAAACUUGUAGAUAUAACAUUACAUAGCUCUAAAGUUAUAAUAUCAGUUCUGAUAUCUGAUA